AUGAUGAUAGGCCUUAGCUCAACCUUUUUCAGUUCAAGUCGAAAUCGCCUGCCCAGUUGGAGGAGUACGAUCGAAGGAAUGUUGGCGAUGGUCGAAUGGGUUUUCAUGUUCAGCAACUCGACGUUCGGCAACUCAACAUUUUCGCCGUACUUCCCAAAGGGGUUUGUUCACGCAAGCGUAUGCCCGAUACAAAAUGGUCCACCUUCACCUGCAUCACUCUCCAUGACGAUCUCAGAAACGUAUCUCUUCCCAUCAAACACCUGCCUCAACCUGAUGGCUUAUGCUCGUCGUGUAGCGCACCGGAAGACAGGCUGUGAUUGGUGCAUUGAUUCACAUAAGUGUGUCUCGAGUGGAAAAUGCAAUGUGGAAAGAGCCACUGAAUGUGUGCAUAUCAAAGCAGCCUCACAGCUUACGAUACCUAAUGGCAGUCCGCAGGAGAUCUCGUUUAGCGUCGCUCACAUGGACCGUCUACCUAAGAAAGAAAACUAUUCCUGUAGAGUGGUUUUAAACGGUACCGCAGUACUCUCCAAAGGCCACGCUAUCCGAGAGCAAAGCUCGUUGGGUCAAGAGACUAGAGGGUUAUCUCUGAUUUGUGAUCAUGAUUCGAGCUUGAAGUCAUCAGUGAAAUGUGAGGCUAUGAAACUCAACUAUCCCGAGACACUACCGAACGUUACCGCUCCUCUCGAGUUCAUGCAAGGCACGGACGUCAUCGACAGCAUCGAAGUUUGCCUUCCUAUUUUGACUGCUUUCGUCCUGUGCCCGACCACAGCCGUCCCCAAUUUCCAACUAAUCACAGCUGUUCCAGUGCUGAUCUACUCCUGCUCGCUGCUGGCCGCCGACUGUUCGUCGUGUGUGUUCGCCUCGGCCACAUGGGGUUGCUCAUGGUGCAGUGGACGCUGCUCGCACGACUGCCCUCAAUCGCCUCAGGACGUCGUAUGCGAUCGACCACAGAUCGUCUCGGUUCGUUGCGCUUUCUCUAAUCCAAUUAUGCGAGGCAACUUCAAACCGAGUAGUGGACCGAUCGAAGGUGGCACAGAGAUCACGAUCACCGGUCGAGACCUGGGCUCGACAAUAGACGAUGUGAAGGACCGAGUGUUUGUGGCUGGCAGCCGAUGUCCAGUCACCCACUACGAGAUUUCAAAGAAAAUCGUGUGUCGAGUGGAAAAGGGCAGCUCAUCUGGACCUGUACGGGUUACAGUCGGCAAAACGGGUUCAAGAACUGCUGAGUCUUCUCUGCUGUACUCAUUCGUCGAAACGCAUGCUUUCUCGGCUUAUCCACCAUUUGCGCCAGUCUCAGGAGGGACCAAACCACAAUUUUUCUUCUGCUCUCCUGUGGCUCUCCUGGUUUCAAUAUAG